CUCGCCCCUUGGGGUCGGAUGUGGUGCAGUUAGGAGGCCACAAGCAAAGGCUGUCUGCUAAUUGCUGCCCGAAUAUAAAUGGAAAACGAAACGGUGUUUGUGCACGGGAAAAAUAAUGUGGUUUUUCUGUGAAAAGCUUAGCGCGGCCUCCCGUUACAGGAGGUGAACGUCAAAAAGUGACAUGACUGGCUGCGAAGUCAGGAACCACAUGGAGAUGUGUGAUGUAUGUAGGGGAUAGAACUGUAAAUGUCUUUAGCGGCCGUGGUGCAGGUCGAACGUGGGAAGAAGCAGCUUCCAGAAAGGACCACCUUUUGUUCUGUGCUUUGGAAAUGCUGCAUGUGUGUCAGGUUUUUUUUUUAAACAUGCGGGGUUUGAAACAUGCAGCAUUUAAACUCGAGGACUUUCUCCUGUCUUAUGCAGAGCAGAGAACCAUAGACAUUUGACAUGUUUGUCAUCUUUGAUAUAGGAGCAGAGACCACAAUGUGGCAUUCAGAAAAAAAACCAAACAAAGAGAAGGAGGGAGUUUGAAAUAAGCAGCAUCAGACAAACAGGUUCCACUUAACCAAAACAAUGUUUGCAGAUUUGGACUAUGAUAUUGAGGAAGAUAAGCUGGGCAUCCCCACUGUACCUGGGACAGUGACCCUGAAGAAGGACUCUCAGAACCUGAUUGGGAUCAGUAUUGGGGGAGGAGCACAGUACUGCCCCUGUCUCUACAUUGUCCAGGUGUUUGAUAACACUCCAGCAGCCUUAGAUGGCACUGUAGCAGCUGGCGAUGAAAUCACAGGAGUGAAUGGGAAGUCUGUCAAAGGGAAGACCAAGGUGGAGGUGGCCAAGAUGAUACAGAUGGUAAAGGGAGAAGUGACUAUACACUACAACAAGCUUCAGGCUGACCCAAAGCAGGGCAAGUCUUUGGAUAUUGUAUUGAAGAAGGUAAAGCAUCGACUGGUGGAGAACAUGAGCUCAGGCACAGCGGAUGCCCUGGGGUUAAGCCGAGCCAUACUUUGCAAUGAUGGGCUAGUGAAGAGAUUAGAGGAGCUGGAGAGGACUGCAGAGUUAUACAAAGGCUUGACAGAGCACACCAAGAGUCUUCUCAGGGCUUUCUUUGAGCUGUCUCAGACACAUAGAGCAUUUGGAGAUGUUUUCUCUGUCAUUGGUGUAAGGGAGCCACAACCAGCUGCCAGUGAAGCCUUUGUGAAAUUUGCUGAUGCCCAUCGCAACAUUGAGAAGUUUGGGAUUCACCUUCUGAAAACAAUUAAGCCGAUGCUUACUGACUUGAAUACAUAUCUGAAUAAAGCCAUUCCUGACACAAGGCUGACUAUCAAAAAAUACCUGGAUGUCAAGUUUGAAUAUCUGUCUUACUGCCUGAAAGUCAAAGAGAUGGAUGAUGAAGAGUACAGCUGCAUUGCUCUGGGUGAACCCCUCUACCGGGUCAGCACUGGGAACUACGAGUACCGCCUUAUCCUGCGUUGCCGUCAGGAGGCUCGCACGCGCUUUGCCAAGAUGAGGAAGGAUGUGCUGGAGAAAAUAGAGCUCCUGGACCAGAAACACGUGCAGGACAUCGUGUUCCAGCUCCAGCGUUUCGUCUCCACAAUGUCCAAGUACUACGACGACUGCUAUGCCGUGCUCCGAGAUGCAGAUGUCUUUCCCAUUGAGGUGGACCUUGCCCGCACAACUCUUAACUAUGGGCAAAAGGACACAUACACAGAUGGGGCAGAAGAAGAAGGAGAAAGUGAGAGAGAGGGUAGCGGGAAGGAGGACGCAAAUGGAGAAAAGCUCAUUGAUGAUGCCUGAGUGUGCCAGCAUGGCCAGAGGAAAGACUUUGCAGACUGUUAUGAAAACAUGUAUUUCACGUGACGAUUCAUCCUCUGUGAUUUCAAUGUAUGUCCAGUCUGGGAUUCCUCCUCUGCUUUGGGUGAGGGUAGCUGGUUGGAUUGGAACCAACCUCUGCUUUCCUCGCUUUUCCUUUGCUUGUUUGCCUGGAUAUUCUUUUUUGCCCCCAGAGACUUCUACUACCCAACUUGGGUACCGAGGUGUGGGGAGGAAAACUCCCUACCACACUGCCAUGUGACUCUGGGCAGACAGGACUCUGCUGAGCACGUGGGAAGCACCGCUCCCCUCUGGCACAUGGAAGCCAGCUAAUGGUUUGGAGCUCUGUCCUCCCCUUGUGCUCUGGGAAGUGUUAGCAUCAGCAUUGUUUCAUUCACCCCACCACUCGCUGUCUCCAAGCUCCUUUUACGGAGCCACCUUAGAACUGUGAUGGAAAUAUCCCAUCCUUAAACUACAGAGGAGAGAUGGGAAGCCUUGAGGAGAGAGGAAGACAUGCACUUUAGGCAGAGGCUUUGAGAUUUUUUUAGUGCAAAGCAUUACUAGCGUGCCACCCCAUGCUCUCCUCUCUCCACAACCAUUUUGUGCUGCCUUUGGACCAGCCAACAACAGUAGCUAACAUCCCAUUCCCCAGCACAAGGGAAGAAGGAAAAGGAAACCUGAGGUAGGUGAGGCUGCUUGUUUCCUUUUCUCUUCCCCUCCCUCUAUCCCUGUGGGCCAACCCCAGAUGCAGAUGGCACUUUCUCUGUUAGUGGGCAGCACAACUGCCAGGAGUGGUGUGCUUCUCGGGGCAAGGGUUUUGACUUCUCUGUCAUUACAUUCUAGUGGUCAUGAGAGAAGUUAUUUAAGGACAUUAAUUUAUGAUCGAGGUGGUUUGGUUUGGUUUUUCUCUUUGAUUUGUUAUUGGAGCUUCUUCAUCUCAGUGGCUGCCUGCAAGAAAGCCAUCCAUGGUCAAGCUGCUCUGAAAAAUUUAGAUGGACUCCGGUGUACUGACUGUUGUCUCUAAUAAAGAAAAAUGUGACAUUCCA